CCGAGAAGCUAGGUACCCCAGAUCUGCAUGCUAAGAAUUCAAGUUCACAUGGCACGCCGUUAGCGUCACCGCAUUGUAUAUAAACAUCAACCAACUUUCAAAGACAUAUUAAACCCUCCGAGCAUACUAUUUUAUCACCAUGGACUCUUCUCGUAUAUCCACGUCGCCAGAGCUUUCCGUGGCGGAUAGAUUGCACGAUGAAAUUGCGAAGUUAAGGGCACAAGUCGAAUCCCUAAAGAACGACGUCAAGCUGCAAACAGCAACGCUGAUGACAGCAAAUUCGACGCGUGAGCUUCUCCAAUCUCAAGUAUCGACCAACCCACCAUCAACAACCAGUGCCGCCGCGAAGCAGAAGCUCCUUGCGCGUUUCCAAGAGCAAACUGCCCACAAGCAGCAAUGCCUAUAUCGCGCCUGCGCAACUAUCACGACGUUCAAGGUCAAAGAUCCCGAUCCCAACGCUGUCGAUGGUGGGAACGUCCUCGGCCUUCGUUUCGAGGUCAUGGUUAAGGGAAAGUUUAUUCGGCCCUACUAUGUCAUGCUGAACCGGCCAUACGCGAAUCGUCGUCAUCUUCGUGUCCAUCGCCAUACUGUACCUCAAUGCAUACCGCUUUCCGGCCUGACUGCUCGAUAUUUACCCCUACCUGCCACCAAGGACGACGACAUUCCUAAAGAACAGGACCUAUCGCGCUUUGCUCGCGCUCUGCGAAGGGAACUAGUUCGCUACCAUAAUCGCGCCGCGCUGAUUGGAGACAUGAAGAAGGCAGCAGGUCUAAGCUCUAAGAAAGCUUUGGACCAAGAGCCCAACACAGAACUUGUCGACAUUAGUGCGGCUGACGCUGAAGCCAAACAAAUCAGCUUGCAGUGGCGCGACGGACGUUCCGGUCGUUUGGUUAUGAAUGACGAUGGAGAGGUAGUGAAAAUGAUUGUACAAGGGAAUAACGGGCAAGACCGCGGCACUGUACGGCAAUUUCUUGGCGGGGCUGUUCGUGUCGAGGAGGUCAACAAGCAACUCGAGAGCCGUUGAGAUUUCCCUAUUACAUCCCAACCACGGACUAGCUACAACCACCGAGCGAUUUUGCAAGACAAGCUGAGCACAGCGCUGAAGCUAAAGUAGUCACUCGUUGCCGUCUCUUCCAGUAACGUCGAAGCCGGUGUAGGCGUCGGAUAAUUACUCCAUAAAGACGAGACAGAUCUGA